AUGCUGUGUGGAUCUUCCUUGAUCUUCCGGUCUCUAGCUCCGCCUAGUCAAGAGGAUCUCAUGGCUUCGCUUCCAGCCACUGAUCCUGUCACUCCAUCUUGGCCUGUUGACUUCGCUUUGGCUCCUCCCUCCACUGGCUCCACCAGAGACUAUUGUUCUUAUGGCUCCACUGGGCUCUCUCAUCCCUCCGGCUCCGUCUUGGUUAGACGUCGCCCUGCCUGCGGCAUUCACUUACAAGCCAUCCCGCUGCGCUCCGUCUCUCCACCCCUUUGGCUCAGUCUGGCUCCGCCUUCCCUCCGGCUCCACCUCAGUCCUCAGUCGCACCUGGAUACACCUCAGUCUUCUGGUACUCUGGCUCCACCUCAGAUGCUCGUCACUGUGGUCUCCAGAACCAUCAGUGUCGCUCAGUCCCAUUUACUCUCCGUCUACACCCAGGGCUCCAUUUCCAUCGGCUUCAACUCCAUCAGUCAUUACCUGGAUGUCGUCAGCCAAGCCUCCACCAUGGCUCCUCCCUCUGUCAGCUCCGCCAUGGGCUGCUCUCUGGGUCACCACCUGGGUACUCCUGCUCCUGGAUCCUCCCUUGCUCUUCCCACAAUCAUUGCCACCUUGGUUUCUUCCGCCAUCAUCUCCUCUAUUCUCCAGUCAUUCGCUGGUCCCUCGUCCUUUUCCAGAGCACCCGCCCUCCCCCUCUGUUGGACUCUGUUUACGCUCUGUUUUGACUGUGCAGAAAUGUUACGUAUUUCAACUGCAGCAUUAUUGCUCUUUGGAACGGGUUUUCUUCAAGUUAUGUUUUCGACAGCAAGCACACAGGCUUAUCCAGGACAAAGUGUCACUAUGUGGUGUCCACAUGAUAUCAAUGGUACUGGACACCUGUACUGGUUCAAACAAACAGACGGUGAUAUACCAAUUCCUAUUGUGCGCAUGUUAUACAAUGAAAGUCUUCAAAAGGUAGAGCGAAAUUAUUUCAAAAGUUUUACACACGAGCACCUGGUCAUGCAUCAGUUCAGCAAAAGCACGACCCUAACAAUUAAGCAUGCAAGUAUUUCUGAUUCUGGCUUCUAUUUUUGUGGAGCUAUUGGACCGAACCACAUGAUAUUUGGUGAUGGAACCAGGCUUGAAGUAAAAGAAAAGAACGUCACAUCAGAGAAAAAUGACACUGGAACCUCAAAAAAGGAUGAUGAGAAAUCGCCUUCAUCAAGUACUGAGGAGUGUUCUGGAGACAUUUUUUUCACGCUGACCCUCCUAUUUGGUGGCAUCAUUGUUUUUACAUGCAUUAUUCCUCUCAUUUUAGCGAUUAUCAGGGAACAUAAAAGGCAUAAAAAAGUCACUGAAUGUCAAGCACAACAGCAGGAUGACAAGGAAAAUGAUUCAGUAACAUAUGCUGCGGUGUAUUUCAAAAACAAGAGACCCAAAACAGCAGGAAGACUCAACUGAAGACUCAACUAUUGUGUACACUGACACUACUUGAAACAUAAAACGAUCUAAAACUUAUUUGUUAAUGAACUAUGGUUAUUAUUACCACCCGAGUAAUAUCACAGUUUAUUUUUUGAAGUGUAAUUAUCAGAGGUCGAAUGGUUAGGCAGAAAGCUGAGGUUCCAAUUCAGUGUCAUAUGCUUCAUCCCUGGGCCUUCACAGAAUUAAAAUAAGGAUAAAAUCAAGUUAACCAAUUGUGGGCCAGGUAAAAUGUAUCAUGUUGAUAAUAUAAUUCAGAAAUGUUCAAUAAAACACAUGUUCAAAGACACACAAGAGUGAAAGAUGCUUUUUAUCUGCUUUAGCUGUAAAUCUGCUUUGGAAAAAGGUAUUCUCAAAAGUGCUAUGGGGAAACUAUGGGCAGCAAAAUCAGUAAACAAAACAUCAAAUCAAUACAUCUGAUCAAUAAUGAUACUUCUUGUUUUGAACUGGCAAUAUGAGCUGUGGAGUUGUCUGUUGAUUGACAGGUUUGUCAUAGUUUGGAUUUUUGCAUAAGCCACACCCCCUCAUAAAUAAAGCACAUUGAUUUCCUCAUCUUAAUCUCUUCAUCGGUUCUAG